GUGUGCGGCGGCCGCCUGCGGGUGCCGGGGCCGGCGCCGCCGGAGCUCUUCCUGGAGAGGUCCCCGCCGAGGCUCCCGCUGUGGUCGCCCGCCGCGGCCUCGGGAGGAGGGUCGUAUGCCACGCGUCCACAGGAGUCCAGCGAGCGCACCUGCACGACCGUGGUUGGCAGAGAUAUCCUCGGGGAUGCCCUGGGCAGCGCGAUGGUCGGCCAGACCGCGGAGGGCUGCCGCGGGCACUGUCUCGAGGAGUCCAGUUGCGGUUGCUACUCGUUCGACCCGAGCCGCAACGGAACCUGUUGGCUCAAGAGGAAGCCCUGCAACGAGCUGCUCGUCUGGACGGAGACGGAGGACAUGACGUCAGGAAGCUGCCGGGACAUGCGCCCGAAGGUCUGCACCCGCGUCAAAGGCAAGGACGUCAAUUCGGACUUGCUGAUCAUCGGACGGGGAGCAGACGAGGUUCAUUGA